CCAGGGCCAGGGGAGCUGUGUGGGCAGAGCCUCCUGCUGACUCCUGGGCCCCACAGGUAUCUCCACCCUGUUGGUGCUGCCCACGGGUGCCGGCAAGUCCUUGUGUUAUCAGCUCCCAGCACUGCUCUAUGCCCAGCGCAGCCCAUGCCUCACAAUAGUCAUCUCCCCGCUCCUGGCGCUCAUGGAUGACCAGGUCUGAAGGCCGCCUGCCUCCACUCAGGCAUGAACAGGAAACAGCGGGAGGGUGUCCUGCGGAAGGUUCUGGCGGCCCAGGUCCAUGUGCUCAUGCUGUCACCUGAGGCGCUGGUGGAGGCUGGAACAGGGGGCCCUGUCUGCCUGCCCCCCGCCUCACAGCUGCCCCCAGUGGCAUUUGCCUGCAUCGAUGAGGUGCAUUGCCUCUCACAGUGGUCCCACAACUUCCGGCCCUGCUACCUCCGCGUGUGCAAGGUGCUGCGGGAACACAUGGGCGUGCACUGCUUUCUGGGUCUGACAGCCACCGCCCCACGCAGCACUGCCCUGGAUGUGGCCCGGCAUCUGGGUGUGACUGAAGGGCCAAGCCCCAGUGGGCUCCCAGCCACCAUCCCUACCAACCUGCACCUGUCUGUAUCCAUGGACAGAGAUCCUGAACAGGCCCUGGUGACGCUGCUGCAAGGGGAACGUUUCCGCAGCCUGGACUCCGCCAUCGUCUACUGCAACAGGCGCGAGGACACAGAGCGUGUCGCCGCCCUCCUCCGCACCUGCCUGCACAAGACCCCAGGCCCCAGAGGUGGCGUCCCUGAGGCUGUGGCCGAAGCAUACCACGCUGGCAUGUGUGCCCAGGAGCGGCGGCGGGUGCAGCAGGCCUUCAUGCGGGGUCGGCUGCGUGUGGUGGUGGCCACAGUGGCCUUUGGAAUGGGGCUGGACCGGCCAGACGUGCGGGCCGUGCUGCACCUGGGACUGCCCCCGAGCUUUGAGAGCUACGUGCAGGCCAUAGGCCGGGCGGGGCGCGAUGGGCAGCCUGCCCACUGCCACCUCUUCCUGCAGCCCCAGGGGGAAGACCUGCAGGAACUGCGCAGGCACGUGCAUGCCCACACCGUGGAUUUCCUCACCGUGAAGAGGCUGGUGCAGACCGUGUUCCCCCCCUGCUCCUGUGCCCACCCGUCUCCGGAGGGCGGUGGGAAGAGAGAGCAGGUCACACUCCCACCAGAGACUAGGCAGUGUGGCAGCCAGGACACACCCUCUGGGUCAAGCGCCUGCCUGGGCCAUACACGGGCCCUUCCUGUGCAGCCGAUGGAGCAGACCCUGGACAUGCCCCAGGAGGCCAUUGAGACCCUGCUGUGCUACCUGGAGCUGCACCCACAGCGCUGGCUAGAACUACUGGCACCCACCUACGCCCACUGCCGCCUGCACUCCCCGAGGGGCCCCGCUCAGCUCAGUGCCCUGGCCCUUAGGUGUCCCCCUGUGGCAGUGUGCCUGGCCCAGCAGCCACCUGAAGACACAGGUGGUGGCAGCAGCUCCGUGGAGUUCAACGUGGUUGAGCUGGCAGACUCCAUGGGCUGGGAGCUGGCCCCCCUGCGGCGGGCCCUGUGUCAGCUGCAGUGGGACCAAAAUCCCAGGUCAGGGAUGCCGCAGGGCACAGGGGUGCUCGUGGAGUUUGGGGAGCUGGCCUUCCACGUACACUGCCCCAGGAACCUGACCGCCGAGGAGAAGGACCAGCUUUGCGAGUUCCUGCAUGGCCGUGUGCAGGCGCGAGAGCAGGAGGCCCUGGCCCGCCUGCGCCGCACCUUCCAGGCCUUUCACAGCGUGGCCUACCCCAGCUGUGGGCCCUGCCUGGAACGGCCUAAUGAGGAACGCAGCGUCCAGCUCAAGACCCUGCUCAGGUGCUACUUUGAGGAGGAGACACUGGGGCCUCAGGGCAUGGAGGACGAAGAGGGCCCAGAGCCUGGGCAGGCCAGACUUCAGGAUUGGGAGGACCAGAUCCGCCGAGACAUCCGCCAGCUCCUGUCCCUGCGGCCGGAGGAGAAGUUCUCAGGCAGGGCUGUGGCCCGCAUCUUUCACGGCAUUGGAAGCCCCUGCUAUCCAGCCCAGGUGUUCGGGCGAGACAGGCGCUUUUGGAGGAGGUACCUGCAUGUGAGCUUCCACGCCCUGAUGCGCCUGGCCACGGAGGAGCUGCUGCUGCGGGGCCACUGA